AUGCCUAGCUACAUUGUUACCUGCAAGGACGAUGCCAGUGACGACCAGAUCAAGGCCGCCAAGCAACAUGCCAUCGACCAGGGAGGCAAGAUUACCCAUGAAUAUACCCUGAUCAAGGGCUUCGCAGUUUCUUUCGACAAGGACGUCAUGACGACUCUGGAGUCAAACGAACAUGUCAAGGCCGUUGAGGUGGAUGGUGAGGUCAAGGCAUUCUGA